AAGCUGUAUAAAUCUCUCCACCUUCUGGCAGAAAGAACCAAAUCAACCGUUGAUUUGAGACCAAUCCUCUUUGCACAGCAGCUAUGCAGCUGGCUGAGCUAUGGGCUCUGUGCCUGCUGCCCGGCAGCCUGGCCCCACCACUUCCCCGGGAGGCAGAAGGCAUGAGUGAGCUGCAGUGGGAACAGGCUCAGGACUACCUCAAGAGAUUUUAUCCAACUGACUCAAAAACAAAGGAGGCCAACAGUUUAGAAGCCAGACUUAAGGAGAUGGAAAAAUUCUUUCGCCUCCCUAUAACCGGAAUAUUAAACUCCCACAUCAUAGAAAUAAUGCAGAAGCCCAGAUGUGGAGUGCCAGAUGUGGCAGAAUACUCCUUGUUCCCAGGUAGCCCAAAAUGGACUUCCAAAGUAGUCACUUACAGGGUCGUAUCAUAUACUCAAGACUUGUCACCUCUCAUAGUGAACCAGUUAGUGGCAAAAGCCUUCCAGCUAUGGAGCAAAGAGAUCCCGCUGAGCUUCAAGAAGGUUAGAACAGGAACUGCUGAUAUCAUGAUGGGCUUUGCAAGAGGAGCUCAUGGGGACUUCUACCCUUUUGAUAGGCCAGGAAACACUGGCUCAUGCCUUUUCACCUGGGCCAGGCUUGGGAGGAGACGCCCAUUUCGAUGAGGAUGAACGCUGGACUGAUGGCAGCAGCAUAGGUACAGCGUCUCACCGGUCUCUUACUGCAUGUCCCCUU